AUGAAACAGAACAAUGUGAAUUCUAAUGACACAAGGGACGAAAUGAAACCAUGGAUUACUUUGCCGUACAUUCCGCAAAUUUCUGACAAAUUCAUGAAUAUUUUUAAUGAUGUGAACAUCAGAUUAUCUUUUUACAGUCUCAAUAAAUUGAAUAAAUAUAUUAAAGUUCACAAAGAUGUAAUUCCGACUAACUCAAAAAGAGAUGUUGUAUAUCAAAUUACUUGUAAGGAUUGUGAUGCAACCUAUGUCGGUCAGACGGGUAGAAGAUUACAAACUAGGAUUUUAGAACAUAAAAAUCAUAUUAAUAGGAACACGACCACACAAUCGGUUAUUACAGAACAUAGGUUGGAACACAAUCAUGAAUUUGAUUGGUUGAAUGUUAGAGUAUUGGAUACAGAGAGAUUUUUGAGCAAGCGCUUGAUAUCUGAGAUGAUUUACGUUAAACUACAGAAAAAUAGCUUGAAUUGCCAAUCUGACACCGAAUACUUAAAUAAUGCAUUUAUGGAGAUUAUUAAUAAUCUUUGA